AUAAGAGUAAGAAUGUAGUAUUGACUAGGGAGGGAGAAGAGUGAACCAAUCAGCAGCGUCGAGGCGGGCGAGUGCGCACACUUCCUUCACCACAACUGCCAUUUUUCUCUCCCUAUUACUUAAUUUGGCGCUCCCUCUCGCACGAAAUGUCAGCCGAGGGUGGCGCGGCAGUGGCAGGGGGUGCUGCUCCUGGGGGCGACCCUCCCACAGGAGAGAAUGGAGAGAUUGUGGGGGGACCACGUGGACCACAGCAGGUCGCAGCACAGAAACGAAUGCAACAGACUCAAGCACAAGUUGAUGAGGUUGUUGGAAUAAUGAGAGUCAACGUGGAGAGAGUUUUGGAACGCGAUCAGAAACUAUCGGAACUAGAUGAUCGUGCAGUAUUGGUGUUAAUGACUUUUCUUUUAUAAACCAUUUUUAUUUAGUUAUAUUCAUACGCAGACCGAGUGCAGGUCUGUUGGGCAAGAUCCUGUCAAUACUGUUUAUGAAUGCAUGAAGUGAAAGCUUUUAUCUUUAAUGUAGUGUGAAGCAUACUUUCAGUGAUCCUUUGUUCAUUUCUGUUUUUUUAAAAAAUAUUCUAGUGUGAAAGUUUACCCCCCCCGGCCUACGCAAGCCCAGGGAACUCGGGGGUGGGUAUGGUCCAGACCCUCCCUUGGUGAACUUGGCUUGAGAACUAUUGUGAGAAUGUAUGGGUAGGUUGUGUGGGUGGUGUUCCUUGAAGGUUCUUGUUUAGGGUGUGUCCAGUGCCCUCAAACAACACACCUUGUAAAUAAUUUAAUACUUAUGUAUAUACAUAUAUAGUACAUGCAUUCAAACACAUACAUGCAUACAUAGGUUCAUACAUAUACAUUAAUAUUUCAUUCAACACACACACACACACGACACAUGCUCACAUGCACACAUGCUCGUGCACACACACAUGCUCACAUACACACACAUGCUCACAUACACACACAUGCUCACAUGCACACAUAUGCUCACAUGCACACACAUGCUCACAUACACACACAUGCACA